AUGCAUAUUUAAAGGAUUGCUAGAGAGAUCAUAAACAGAAGUAGUUUUUCUACAGCAGCAAUAAAUGAAGGGACAUUCUUAGAUUAAGUGAUGGCUUAUUUCAAUAAAGCAGCUGGACAUACAAAAAUAAGUCAAGAUAAAUUAGAGUAAUGAUUGUUAUUAAGAGUUUUUAGCUUUUACAAGAGUACUGAUAUAGUGAUAAAAUUUAAUCUACCAUUAGUAAGAGAUAAUGGAACAUAUAUUUGUGUAUUAGAUUGAGAUUAAAUUAUUAGGUACCUGCAUACAGAGCAUAGCAUAAGACUUAUAGAUUACCAACAAAAGGAGGAACAAGAUUGAGUCCACAUAUAAAUAUUGAAGAAGUAGAAGCAUUGUCAUUUUUGAUGACGUUAAAAAACUCUAUUUUGGAUUUACCAUAUGGUGGUGCAAAGGGUGGAAUUGGUAUAAACCCUCGUAAAUUUUCAAAAAGAGAAAUUGAGACAUUGAUGAGAAGAUAUACAUUAGAAUUAGCAAAGAAAAAUUUCAUUGGAGCAGCAAUAGAUGUUCCAGGACCAGAUUUGGGAGUAUAGAUAUUAAAUAAUUAAAGACAGGUGAAUAAGAGAUGAGUUGGAUGAAGGAUGCAUAUACAAAAUUCAAAGGACAUUAGGAUAUUAAUUCUGUUGGAUGUGUGACAGGAAAAGCAAUAACUUAAGGUGGAAUAUCUGGUAGAUAAGAGUCAACAGGAAUGGGAGUAAGUUAUUUAAAUAGAUUAUAGAUAUUCUUUGCUACUAGAGAAAUUCUUAAUGAUUUGAAGUAUUGUCAAUCUGUUGGAAUUGAGCCAAGUUUGAAAGGAAAAUCAAUAAUAAUUUAAGGAUAUGGAAAUGUAAAAUAAGUUGAUUUAUAAUUAAGGUCGGUUCAUUCUGUGCUAAAUAUAUGUAUGAUUAUGGUGCUAAAAUCAUUGGAGUAGCUGAACAUGAUGGAUCUAUAUACAAUUAAGAUGGAAUCAACCCAUAUGAAUUAGCAGCUCAUAAAACUAAGACAGGAGGAGUUAAAGGAUUUGUAAAUGCUUCUAAAUAUUGGGAAGAUGAAGCUGCAAUAUAUUAAUAAUGUGAUAUCUUUAUACCUGCUGCUUUCGAGAAAACUGUUAAUGCCAAUAAUGCUGAUAAAUUUAAUUGUAAAAUUAUUGCUGAAGGUGCUAAUGGACCUACUACUAUGGCAGCAGAAGAUAAAUUGUUAUCCAAAGGAGUUAUAUUCUUACCAGAUAUUUUACUUAAUGCUGGUGGUGUCACUGUUAGUUAUCUAGAAUGGCUAAAGAAUUUGAAACAUAUUAAUCCAGGAAGAAUGACAAGAAGAUGGGAGGAAUAAGCUAAACAUAGAAUUCUUGAAGUUAUUAAAAUGAGUACUGGUCUUAAUAUCAAUGUUAAGGAUAGUAAACUAGCUAAAAAGAUGUUAGAAGGUCCAUCCGAGGUAUAAUUUUUAUUUAAUUCUAAGACUGAUUUAGUUCACACUGCUCUAGAGUAAUCCAUGAUAGAGGCUGUCAAAAAUAUUAUGCUUACAUCAUAAGAAUAUAAAGUCAAUUUAAGAUUGGCAGCUUAUAUUAGUGCAAUUAAUAAAUUAAAUGAACAUUUUGAAAUGGCAGGAGUUGAAGCAUGAUUGUUUUAUAUACAAAAAUAUAUUCAUUAAAAUUU